GAUUGGUCCUCCGGAAAAUGAAAAUGACAUUAACCAAGAUGGCGCUGGGCGACAGAGGAAAGUGAUGAGAUAACAGAACAACAAGCGAUACAACUAUAUAACAGUGUGCAUUUACUCAUCUUGUGCGACUAUUUAAAACCAGACCUGUAUUUUAUCAUCGGGAAACUGCCAAGCACGUGCUUAGAGACCGUACUGUUCUACGGAGAUAUAAUUAUUCAGCUAACUGUUUGCUAACUAGCUGCUAAAGUAACGUUAGCCUAGCGUAGCUAACAUUCGCUAACUGCGGAAGGCGAGUGAGGAGAAGGCUGGCAGGCAGCUCGAAGUACAAGCCAACAAGUCAGGCUGAUUUUUCAAAAUCAAGCGACCUCUCCGUUCGAUACAUUAACUACCCUUACAGAGUUUGCCGCACGGACCGGUGAUCCAAACCAGGGCUCCGUCAGGAAACUGACGUUACACCUCUGAUAAGGAAAGCAGAUAAAGACGAGGAAAAGGCGUUAUCUUUGCCGAUUUGACGCCAUGGCGCUUUCCCCUAUUCAGAGUGGACUGCCGGGGAUUCAGAACUUCAGAGCUGAUCCAGAGGAGUUUUUUACCAAGCUGGACAGGAUAGGGAAAGGCUCUUUUGGUGAAGUUUUUAAAGGCAUUGACAAUCGGACUCAGAAGGUUGUGGCCAUUAAAACUAUUGAUCUGGAAGAAGCGGAGGAUGAAAUAGAAGACAUUCAACAGGAAAUCACAGUUCUCAGCCAGUGUGACAGUCCCUUUAUCACCAAGUAUCAUGGAUCCUACCUAAAGGGUACAAAAUUAUGGAUUAUUAUGGAAUAUUUGGGUGGAGGAUCAGCCCUGGAUUUGUUGGAACCAGGUUCCCUGGAUGAAACACAGAUUGCCACAAUUCUGAGAGAGAUCCUGAAAGGGCUGGAGUAUCUGCACUCUGAAAAGAAAAUCCACAGAGAUAUCAAAGCUGCAAACGUGUUGCUGUCAGAACAAGGCGAUGUGAAGCUGGCUGACUUCGGAGUGGCAGGCCAGCUGACAGACACCCAGAUAAAAAGGAACACAUUUGUUGGUACUCCUUUCUGGAUGGCACCUGAAGUCAUAAAGCAAUCGGCCUACGAUUCAAAGGCAGACAUCUGGUCAUUAGGAAUAACAGCAAUAGAGCUGGCUAAAGGAGAGCCGCCGCACUCUGAGCUUCAUCCUAUGAAGGUCUUAUUCCUCAUCCCAAAGAACAAUCCACCAACUCUGGAAGGAAACUACAGUAAACCACUUAAAGAAUUUGUUGAAGCCUGUUUAAAUAAGGAGCCUAGCUUUAGGCCAACUGCCAAAGAGCUGUUAAAACAUAAGUAUAUUGUAAGGCAUUCCAAAAAGACGUCCUAUCUGACAGAGCUGAUUGACAGAUACAAGAGGUGGAAAUCCGAGCAGUCUCGGGAAGAAUCCAGCUCUGAUGAAUCUGAUGAGGAGCCAAAUGGCCAGGCUUCUGGAGGAGAUGACGCUGGCAAUGAUGACUGGAUCUUCAACACCAUCAGGGAGAAGGACCUCAAAAAGUUUCAGAAUGGGGCAGCACAGCCUGCUGAGCUCGAAAGGAAACAGAUGCAGGAGAGUCCAGAGAGUUCAAAGAGGCCUUUGUCACAAAGCUUAUCAACAAUCUUUUCUCCAUUGUUUGCUGAGUUGAAAGAAAAGGGCGAGAUGCGUAAUGGCAAGCCGGAGGCUGCAGAGGAGCUGCGGGAGGCCAUUUUCCUGGCAGAAGAAACACACCCAGGGAUCUGUGACUCCCUGGUAGCUGAACUAGUGCAGAGACUUCAGAGGUUUUCUGUGCCACAAACCGCUGCCAGUCAUUGAGAGGAGCUACAUCCAGCUCUGCCCUAAUCUUUCACCCUGGUGGCAGCAGUCAGAUCUUUUCCUCUGACCUCCACAGCCGGGAUGAAGUCUCCCAGGAAAGUCUCCAUCACUAAUUUUCCUGAAGCAAAUCCUGGCCCACGUAAUGUCUGUUUAUUCGCUAGCACACCACCAGAGGGUCCUAUUCAGGACAGGCAGUGGCCAGCCACCAUGACUGCCACCUGCUGUAAGAUGUCCCUUCUCAAUACCUCCUUCACAACUGUUUUUUUUUUUUUUUUUUUUUAUGGUGGAGUCAGCUAUCUUUCUGCAAUGACUUUUGAGUUAUUGGUUUUGGUGAGUUUGUGGCUUUUUCACAAAGGUUUACACUCCGCAUCCUUUUGGAGAAAGUACCUUGUUUAAUUGUGUGCAUGUGUGUGGCUGUGCGAGAGAUCCUGUGAACUGUGCGGUGAAGUGUGACGAGUGGGUUGAAGCAUUCUAUUGAAAACUCAGGUAUCCUGCUUUAAGUGGAUUGGGUCCUCUGGGAGAUGGAAAGAGCUCUAUAGGGUGGUUGUACAGACUUGUAAAUAAGCUAAUUUCUACAGAUUCAUGAAAAACAUAAUGGAGUGUUUGUAAUGGAACCACUGUGUACAAAUGGCCAAAUGCAAACUGUAGAUAAUGUUUGUGAAGUGAAUAUUUUGAGAGACUAAAAUGGCCAUACAUGAGAUUGCCUUGCCUUUCUACUUGUUCUUUUGUAUAUCGGUCUUUGAUUUCUCCAGUUGUAAAACUUUAGUACUCAUCCAGUGAAUGAAAAUGGCUGCCCUCUAUCAUGUUUUACUAUUGAUUUAUUUUAUAUUUCUUAAUUCUCUUUAACCUUUUGGUUUCACACUCCUUGCUGUGGCUGCGAUAAUGUAGGAGAAUAUAAAAAAAAAAAAUAGAAAAAGGCUGGAUCGAUGAAGCCCCCACCAGUUUUAAACAUGGGAUGCUCUGUUGCCAGCUCCACAAGGCCUCGAGUGGUCGGUUUGUUGGACUUUGCCUCAUCCCUUCUUUUUUUGCUGUGUGUUUUUGACUGGUUAAAUAAACUGAGGUUUCGUCCAUUCAUUCCAUUAAAAGGGCAGUGCCAUCAUCUAGUUUAUAAAUCAGCAGACUCUGUUAGUCUUCCUAGGAGCUGCAGUGGUACUAUCUAUCUCCUCAGCGUACCUACAGCUUUAAUUGCACUUCAAGUAUAAAUGCCUUUUGACUAUAAACGAAGUAGCCAUAAAACAGUAGCAUGAGACUUACAGUAUUUUGCAGGUAUGCUAUCUGGGACAAAAUAAAGUCCACCUGAAGUCUCACAGCUUGGACUCUGGAGUUGGUCAUGCAGUGUAAUAUUUGCCUGGCUGUAUCUUUCCAUUUGGACUUGUGAGAGUUUUUUGUAGUUGUACAGUAAAUGCAUAUAGACAAAGACUUCUCACAUAGUAGAUGACACUGCUCUCAGAUGUACAUAUUAACAUAAAGCCAGGAGGUGUUCAGAGACCAGUGGCACUGCUGCUACUACUGAGUAGCUUAAAAGGAAUGUGCAUGAUAGCAUAAGAGUAUAAAGCGUAUUGGUUGGCCUGAGCAGUAUGCGUUGUAGUAUACUGCUGCAGGACUAGAGGAAUGUUGAGUCCUAAACAGAGUGGAAUCAGCCUUAGAGUAUUUGGGAUGAAUAGUAUCCGCUUUAAAACGUUAGAUCAAAUGCGUUUGUUGUGAUUUAUUUUUGUUUCCCUCUGGCAUUACAAUGCAUAUGCAGCAAUACUUUUCAAUGAUAAAAGAUCAAAAGUAUUUCUUUCAUUCCUUGCCAGUAUGAUGCAUGCAUGAACAAAUUUACUCAUUUUUCUUCACAGACGAAAGGAAUUUAAAAAAAAGAAAUCAGAGUCAGAUGAUAUAUUCUGUUUGGCACGGGCAGUACAACGUAAACAGGGUAAGUUAAAGAGAGAACUCAGCAUUCGGGGAAUACGAUUAUUUGCUUUCUAGGUGGGAAAGCGAUUAGAAGAUUGAUCUUCUCUCAUAUUUUUCCGUUAAAUAUGCGACUAAGUCUGUUAGCUUAGCACAAAGACUGGAAACGGCUAACCUGGCUCUGUCCACAGCUACAUCCAUGGUCCAGAGGUAACAUCUGCCUGCCAGUACCUCUAAAACGGACCAAUUAACACAUUGUUUGAUGGUUUAAUUCGUAUAAAAGCUGAAGUGUAAAACGACAGUUGGGCAUCUUGCAGGAGGUUAGCUAUGUGUGCCGGACUAUUUCUUGGUUCGGACCAAUAACUUCCUGGUAUCUCCGAUGGUUGCCUAGCAACCGCAAAGAAAUGCCGAUUUGUUGCUUUGCUAGCUGUAGCUUCAUAAUUAGCUAGAUGUUGUAAAGACGCUAAAAAGCAAAUUAGCUUUUUAUGUCGAACUAUUAUUUUAACUCUUUAAUGUUAUCAUUUAAACAAUAUAAUGUACUCCACAUUUCUCUCCAAAGACAUUCUCUUUUUUUCUGCUUACUAAUUGGUGGAAUACACAGUUUAAUCAAAUAUAUUGUUCAAAUGAAACCGGUUAACCAAAUCAAGAAAAGGUACCACACUCAGUGAUUUCCAUUUUCCUUUGUGUUUUCUGCUCUACUCUGCUCUCCAUUCAAACUUUUCAUGUGAAAUGUGCCAUGUAAGCCUCCAUCCCAAACAGAGACAAAUUGAACACAAUUUGCACCUUUUACAUGGUCUACUUAUCUUUUUGUGUUGCACUUUGCAGAUUUAUUUAGUUUUUUUUUAAAUGGUACUUUAAAAGGCUACAAUAUUAUGUGACAAUAAUAUUAGUUUUGUGUGUGUUGAAUGGCAAUAAAGCAGUGUGAUCACCAGGAGUCAUUUCUUAACACAAGUAGGCAUAUAUUCUAUUAAACUAUUUUUAUAACCCAAAAGAGCAGUAUUAUGUAAUAGAGGGAGUAAAGUUUGGUUCUGUGAUGUGUUAAAGUUUCAGUAAACACUGGAUAGCAAUCACUUGAAAUGUACAUUUAAUUUUGUGACUUUGCUGACAGUUAAUUGUCCAGUAUACAUGUUUGCUAAUUCAGGACAGUGUUGUUGGAUUUAUUGAAAGCUGUCAAAUGAUUAAGGAAAAAAUAAAAAUCCAGUACUUGAAUGAUGAA